AUGACCCACUCUCCUUUGAUAGGUGCCAUUGACCAAGGAACCACUUCUACACGCUUUGUGUUGUUUGAUGUCCAUGGAAAGAUCGUGACCUAUCACCAAGUAGAAUUUAAGCAACAUUAUCCUCAUCCUGGCUGGGUCGAACAUGAUCCUUUGGAUCUUUUAUCGACGGUCAAUACAUGCAUCGAACAAGCUCUUUUGAAACUACGGCUGACCGACUAUGAGCCAAAGGACAUACAAUGCAUUGGCAUCACCAAUCAACGAGAAACAACACUGGUAUGGGACAGCGAAACAGGUCAGCCGCUUUACCGUGCCAUCGUCUGGAGCGAUAAUCGUACAGCGCAUACGGUACAGGCGCUUGUGGAAAGCCAUAGCGAGCAAGAGAUCCACGACCUCCAGCGUAUCUGCGGCUUGCCUGUCACCUCUUAUUUCUCGGCCGUGAAAUUGAAAUGGAUGUUGGAGCAUGUCCCUGCUGUGAAAGACGCUUAUGAAGAGGGUCGAUUACACUUUGGCACGGUAGACACAUGGCUUAUUUAUAAUUUAACAGGAGGAGCUCAAGACAACGGUGUGAUGGUCACGGAUGUGACCAAUGCUAGUAGAACCAUGUUGAUGGACCUGCAUACAUUGACCUGGAGCAAAGAAGGUCUCAGGUUCUUUGGAUUUGAGAAACUCAAGUUAGCCAAGAUCGCUCCUUCCUCGCACAUCUAUGGUUUUCUUUCCCAUGGUUCCCUUGCCGGUGUGCCUAUCAGUGGCUGCUUGGGAGACCAACAAAGUGCUCUGGUGGGACAAAAAUGCUUUUCACCAGGAGACGCGAAAUGCACGUACGGCACCGGUUGUUUUCUGCUGUUCAACACAGGCCGUGGCCCACCCACGUUCUCUCACCAUGGCUUGUUGACGACGGUGGCUUACCAGUUGCAUGCGCAAGCCCCACCCGUGUAUGCGCUGGAAGGCUCGGUGGCGGUCGCGGGGUCUUCUCUUCAGUGGCUGCGGGACACUCUUGCGCUGUUCAAAGAGUCGAGCGACAUCAACGCAUUGGCUAGCCAAGUGACCUCGACAGCAGGUGUGUAUUUUGUCACCGCACUGAGUGGUUUGCUGGCUCCGUAUUGGCGCAGUGAUGCCAGAGGUAUGUUAAUCGGUUUGACGCAAUACACACGAAAGGAACACAUCGCGCGGGCUACCCUCGAAGCCGUCUGUUAUCAAACCAGAGCUAUUUUAGAAGCCAUGAGUCACGACGCAACCUCAUCACCACAAGGCCCCCAGGACGAUCCGUCACAGAGAUCUGCAUCAGCAGCAUCCACCUCUGUGUCCUCUCUCAAAGUAGAUGGAGGGUUAUCCAAUUCAGAUGUUUGUAUGCAGAUUCAAGCCGAUAUUUUAGGCCAUGCUAUGACAGUAGAGCGUCCGCACAUGAGAGAAACAACAGCGUUGGGCGCGGCGAUGGCAGCGGGUCUGGCAGUGGGUAUUUGGAAGUCAAUCGAUGAAUUAAAAAACGUCAAUCAGGAUGGCAACACGAUAUUCCAAUCCAACAUCUCGGCCAAGAAAAGAGACAAAAUGUACAAUGGAUGGAAAGAAGCCGUCAAGAGAUCCUAUGGAUGGGCAGAUAUCGUGGAUAACAUCUCAGAGGACGAAGAAGAAGAAGAGACACUAAAGAGACAUACAUGA